AUGAAUACAUGCAGCUUCUUUUUGUUACUUUGUCCACUGCUUUUUUCCCAAACAGGUAAGUAACAUUAAAACUAAAGUUUUGACAUUGUUGGAGUUGGAGUAGGUAGAGUGUUGGAAUAGAUGAGAGGAUUCUUUCAACAUGAACUAAUACUUGCUGCUUUCUGUCACAGAGGCCACUCUCUUUGGCUGUGGUUUGCUUCAGUGCCAGUUUUCUUCGUCUGGUGAUGUUGUUUAUUUGGCAAAAAUGUUCUUCAAUAAGCUUCUUUGGGCUGACUACAACAGCACUUUGGGGAAAUACACUGGUUACACAGAAAAGGCAAUAGAAGUCGUUGAUGGAUUCAACAAAAACAAGGAGUUUUUGAAACGUGAACAAAACAAUUUAGAGCUUUGCAAGACCCACGUUCAACUGGUACUUGAUGUCUUGUCAAAAUCAGGUGAUGUGAUACUAUCUUACUCUUUUUUUUUUUUUUUUAAUGAUUAUACAAUGUGUUGUCAAUAAGAUGCUCACUUCUUUCCCACAGCAGAACAAAACAUGACAGGCAGACUGUAGCUUUGCUGCAGAGAAGUAAAAAAGAUAGUUUAUUUAUAUUUGUUCAUUUUUUUUCUACAUUCAUAGAAAUUACUACAGGCACCAAAAUCUUUGAAAAUGUGGUAAUAAAUUAAGUGGAUUUUUAGGUCCCAUCUAAUUGCAAACAGUUAAUAUCUUUCUACAUUUUUCUCUGUUCCCCAUAUCCAAAAUGUGCUCACAUGGUCUGCCAUAGAAUGUUUAGAAAGCUAUGCUUACACUGUUAGAAAUCAGAUCUGUCAUUUCACACUUGUUCUCUACAGCCGUUGAACCUUCGGUCACGCUGAGGUCAGCCGAUUUGUCGGGCAGCAGACACCCCAGCAUGCUCGUCUGUAGCGCGUACAACUUUUACCCCAAACAAAUCAGGCUGAGUUGGCUGAGAAACGGGAAAGAGGUGACAUCUGAUGUGAUGUCCACUGAGGAACUGCCCAGUGGGAACUGGCUUUAUCAGAUCCACUCUCACCUAGAGCUCACACACACAUCUGGAGACACAAUAGCUUGUCAGGUGGAGCAUGCCAGCUUACUGAAGCCCAAGCUGUACGAGUGGGGUAAGGAAAUGACAUGUGGAAUAUUUGAUUUUGGAGUUAUGUUGUUCAAUCGAGGCCAUUUUUUUGGUUUGUUGCCUUUCUAGUGAGGUGAGUGAGUGAUGAGAAAAAGUCUACAUGGACUCCAUUCUGUAUCACAAAUAAAACAUACCAAUCUUUACAGAAAUCUUCAAUUAUGCUCAUGUUUUGUUCCGUUUUUGUAACAGAGGUUAAUCUAAUUUUUUUGUUUUAAUGUUUUUUCAGAGUCUAUAUCUGAGUCUGAGAGAAAUAAGUUUGCUGUGGGGGCAGCAGCACUGCUGCUGGGUCUGGUCGUCCUUGGUGGUGGGCUGAUUUACAACAAAAGAUGCACAAAUGGUAGGAGACCAGAUCAGCCAAAAAAAUUAAACAGAACCAGAUUUGUAACCCCUCUAUUAUGUCUUUAGUUCAACUUGUGAGCAUCCUCGCUUUGACAUAUUAAGUCACAAAAACUGUUCUUCCAUCAAAUUUAAAAUUAAGCAAUAAGGCACAAACUUAUACACUACCAGAGAUCACAUACUUAGCUACCACAGCACAUGCAAUGUGAGUGACAUCUGCAAAGGACGCAACACUGCUAACAUUUUAACACAAAACUAGUCUGAUUCAUCAUCUACUGUGUUUGGUUAUGUGUGAUAUUGUUCUUCUUUUUGUUUUUAUUCUAUAGGACGGCAGCUUGUACCAACCAGUGCUGGAUGA